AUGGGAAUCCCCCACCUCUUCACCCAUCUCGGCCCAUAUGGUGUUGACACUCUUCUCACCGGCAUCAAGAUCAUCAUUGAUGGUCCCUCCUUCGCCUAUCACAUCCAUAGUCUGUGCUCAAGCAACAGAGCCGGCCAGGUUUCUCACAAGCUCCUCUGCGAUGCCGCGAUAAGCUGGCUGGAUGCCCUGUCCAAGGGCUCCAAAAUAACGGCCAUCUACUUUGACGGCUACCUUCCCGCCUCCAAACACCCCGUCCGCCUCGAUCGCCUUCUCAAGUCCUCAACCCGCCUACAGAACCUCCACAGCAGCAACCCCAAAGCCUGCCCCUCUCACCUGCUGUCCGAGUCAAACGAGCUCAUCCCGGCACCCUUUCCCACAACCUACGCCCGUCGCGAACCGCCUCACCACCCUCCUUUCCUCGUCCCCGCCAUCCUCGAACGCCUGCGCCUCUCGGAAAAGUACGCACCGCUCAUCCGCCUCGUGCCUGGCGAAGCAGACGCCUACUGCGCCGACCACGCCCUCCACCACGGCGGCUGCGUCCUGACCUCCGACUCGGACCUCCUCGUCCACGAUCUCGGUCCCCGCGGCGCCGUCAUCCUCUUCCACGACCUGCGCACCGGCACCCUCGACGGCCAUCGCGGCCUCAUCGCCGCCCGCUACAGCCCUGCCUCCAUCGCCGAACGCCUGCGCCUACCCCCCACCUCGGCAGGCAUCCAGCGUUUCGCCCACGAGCUGAGCCGCGACCCCUACAAGUCCCUGCCCCAGCUCCUCCAGGCCGCGCAGCAGCGGGCCGCGGCCGAGGGCGACGACGCGGCCGAGGACGCCGCCUACGAGACCUUCCUGCGGCCGUACCGCGCCCACGACGCAGAGACGACCGCCGCCGCCGCAACCUUCGCGGCCCUCGCCACGCCUCUCGACCCUCGCGUCUCAGAGCUCGUCCUUCAAUCGCCAGCACUGCGCUCCCGCCUCGGCAUCCCCGAAGACGAAGACGAAGACGAAGAAGGCCCCCGCGCGCCGCACAGCGAGCCGCUCAUCUUCCUGCCCCUCCUCAUGGACUGUCCCGCGCGCCCGAGCGCCUGGGAAGCGAGCCUCGACGUGCGACGCCUAGGCUACGCCCUGCUGCGCGCGGCGCAUCCCUUCGCCGCCGCCUCGGGUCAGGGAGUUCCGCCGCGUGCAGUCGGGCCUCGAACGCCGGCAGGCAGAUCCCGGCCGUGUGCCGACCCCGCCGUCCCGCGCCGGGCGCUUGCUCAGCCAGCUGCAGCAUGCGGGGGCGCUUUCGGAGGGGAGCAGAAGAAGCAGAGGAAGACCGGGCGGCACGCGGGGCGGGGCUGCUGGCGCUGA